AUGUUUUAACCAAAACAAGAUGAAAGGUAUCCCCUUUCUACUGCAUGUUAAAUAUUAAGUGCGACAGCAGGUUUUACUACAGGAAUGACAACAGGAUUUUUUUUAGGAGAAACAAUAGGUUAAACAACAGGGGUUAUAAUAGCAAGUACAACAGGAAGCAUAUUAGGAUUUACUACUGGAUUAGUAGAAGAAAGUAUUAAAAAAUUAUGUGGAAAAAAGGAUUCAAAUAUAAAAGAAGUGAGUUUAUUUUUUGCUAAGAUGGGUUUAUAUGAGUAGAUGUUUGGAUCAUGGGGUGGACUUUUCGGGAACUCAUUGAGAAAUUAGAUUAUAUAUUGCUUAUUGUAUACAACAGGAUUAAUAGAUAUAAAUAGAGAAAAUGAAAAAGAUUAAUAACUUUUAUAAAUAGUUGAAUAAUAAGAGGAUGAAGAUUAAGAUGAAGAAUUUGAGAUUAUAGAAAUAGAAAAUAAUAAAUAGGAAGAAGAAAUUGAUAAAAUAAUAUAAUAAGAUUGA